AUGGAGGAUUGUACGAGGUUAAUUUUUGAAAAAAUAAUACCAGCUUUGAGCCCAGAGAAGAAUUUAUUUUUUAUAAUCAAAGCUUUCGCUGCUGGUGUGAUCCUCGCGACAGGGUUUAUACAUGUAUUACCUGAUGCAUAUAAAAGUUUAACAUCGCCAUGUUUGAAAAAACAUCCGUGGGGAGAUUUUCCUUUUAGUGGAUUUAUUGCAAUGAUUUCUGCAAUGGCGACUCUGAUGGUGGAUACUUAUGCAACUUCAUAUUAUAAGAAUAAAUCUGCGAAAAAUGGUGUGGUGGCUCAGUCUGGAGAUGAAGAAUUAGUUAAUGUUCAUUCACAUGGCCAUGUACAUGGUUCAACAUCAAUGAUUGGUGAUUCUGAUUCCGAGCUCCUUCGUUAUCGUGUUAUAUCUCAGGUUUUGGAGUUGGGGAUAAUAGUACAUUCUGUGAUAAUAGGAAUAGCUUUGGGUGCUUCUGAAAGUCCCAAAACCAUAAGGCCUCUUGUUGCUGCUUUGACUUUUCAUCAAUUUUUCGAAGGCAUGGGCCUUGGUGGAUGCAUUGCUCAGGCAAAAUUUAAGACUCGUGCAGUGGCAAUAAUGACUUUAUUUUUCUCUCUCACAACUCCAAUAGGAAUUGGAAUUGGAUUAGGAAUAACAAAUUCUUACGAUGAAAACAGUCCAACGGCUCUUAUUGUGGAAGGAGUAUUUAAUUCAGCAUCAGCUGGUAUCUUGAUUUAUAUGGCAUUAGUUGAUUUUUUAGCUGCCGAUUUUAUGCAUCCAAGAAUGCAAGGCAAUGGAAAACUUCAAUUAGGAGCCAAUAUUUCAGUUCUUCUUGGUGCUGGACUUAUGUCUCUCUUAGCCAAAUGGGCUUAAUUUGAUCAACAUAGAUUAUUAUCAAUUUCACAUUAGAUGCAUAUCAAAUAGACUAUAAAUAGACUUUAGAUGCAUAUCAAGUUUUCAUGUCAUGCUACACAUAUAAGAUAAAUAAAAGUGAUUGCGCACUCUCUUGACUUUAUA